UCUGCUGUGAGUUGAAUGUUAUUAAGUCUUUAUUGUCGUAAUCUGUGCCAGAGCAAGACUGAUGAAGACUCAAGCGCUCACCGAUCAUCAGUAUCAGAGUUUGGGGAAGACAAUUUUGCUAUCGGUAGAUGGGAACAGAAGGAAGUAACUAGUCGAGAUGGGCACAUGAAGCUCCAAACACAGGCAUUCUUUGCUUCAAUUGAUCAGAGAAGUGAGCGUGCAGCAGGUGAAAGUGCAUGCACAGCUCUCGUUGCCGUCAUAGCUGAUUGGUUCCAGAACAACCAGAAAUUGAUGCCUAUCAAGUCACAGUUUGAUGCUUUGAUCAGAGAAGGCUCGCUAGAGUGGAGAAACCUCUGUGAAGAUGAAUCACACAGGGACAGGUUUCCUGACAAACACUUUGACUUGGAAACUGUCCUUCAAGCCAAAAUAAGAUCUCUGUUUGUUGUUCCUGAAAAGUCCUUCAUUGGGUUUUUUCAUCCUGAUGAAAUGGAGGAAGGGAGAUUUGACUUUUUACAUGGUGCCAUGUCCUUUGACAACAUGUGGGAUGAGAUUAGCCGUGCAGGAUCAGAAUGUUCAACUCGUGGUGAAUCACUAAUUUAUAUUGUUAGUUGGAAUGACCAUUUUUUUGUCCUCAAGGUUGACCCGGAAGCUUAUUACAUCAUCGAUACAUUAGGGGAGAGGCUCUAUGAGGGAUGCGAUCAGGCUUACAUUUUGAAAUUUGACAGGAACACAACUAUAUGCAAGCUGCCCACUGAUGCUACAAAGCCGGUAGAAGAAAAGCCUACCGACAAGCAGAUAGUUGUUGCGGAAGCGGAACUUAGAAAUCAGCAGGCUAACCAGGUGGAUUGUAAAGAGCAUUCUGUAGAUGGUGCAGUAUAUGAGCCUGAUGUAUUAGUGAAGAGUGACAAUGAAGAGGUGGUGGUUUGUCAAGGAAAGGAUUCUUGCAAGGAGUACAUAAAGAGCUUUUUAGCUGCAAUCCCUAUACGGGAAUUACAAGCAGACAUUAAGAAAGGUUUAAUGGCAUCAACACCCCUUCAUCAGCGCCUACAGAUCGAAAUUCACUAUACGCAAUUACAAGUACCUGCGCCCAAAAGCUCAGAUGAACUAGCCAUGGUUACAACCACAACAAACGGUAGUAGUUCCCCAGUAUCUGAACUUACUAGCAGCAGUUCCCCCGUAUCUGAACUUGCAAUGACUACCACCAGAACCACCGCUGAUAGUUCUCCAGUAUCCGAGUUUACUAGCAGUUCACCCGUACCUGAAGUUGCAAUAGAAGAGGCUGCUGCUUAUUGAACUGCUGUAUAGGGGUAUAUGUGAUUAGUCUAACAUGUUUUUUCCCAUGUAAAU